GGCGCUUGUAAAAUUAUGGCCAAAGAUCUGGUCAGAACGAGACGUUAUAUUCAGAAAUUUCAAGCAAUGAAGACUCAACUUCAAGCUGUUAAUUUGAAAAUUCAGACUCUUCGAUCAAAUCAACAUAUGGCUGAAGCAAUGAAAGGAGCAACAAAG